AUCCUACCCCAAUCCAGUCCAAUUCGAAUUGCUCGUACACUAUAUUUUCAAGUCAUCCUUCCGGGACAUUCGACCAUUUUCACGAGGUUUUUUUUUGUUUUGUUUUGUUUUGAUUUGAUUCUUUUUGGUGAUCUGCGUUCAAAUCAUAUCUCAAUCACUUUGCAUGGCCAUCACCAUGUCUUCACCGGGAGAAGGCAGCAGUAGCCGCCCGGCCAACCCAAGCCACAAUUCCGCCCACAAUCACGAUAUCCCGACCCCAAUAGACGGCACCAGUUUGCAUAAUUACCAGUUUACGUUCGAACGAAGUUAUGAGGACGCUGUUGCUGCAUCGAUCCAAAUAGACGCUGAUUCAUGUCAGUCACGACGUGGUAGCCCGGACACACAUUCGAUUACGAGUGAUGUUACAAGAUAUCGCUACGAGAACGGGAGGACCUAUCACGGGUAUAAGGAUGGAUCAUAUAUGUUCCCGAAUGACCAGAGGGAACUUGAUCGAUGUUAUGAACAGUAUCAUCUCCUCAAGUUUGUCAUGAACCAGAGGCUAUUUCUUGCCCCUUGGUCUGAACGAAAUCCCCCACGGAACGUUCUCGACAUCGCCACUGGUUCAGGCGAGUGGGCUAUAGAGAUGGGGGAUAUGUUUCCUACCGCUAAGGUUACAGGAACAGACCUAUCACCAAUUCAACCUCUAGAAAUGCCGCCGAAUGUGCAUUUCUACAUCGAAGACGCGCGAGAACCAUGGGACUGGUAUCGAGAGGAUGACAAGUUUGACUUCAUCCACACCCGGGUGACAUUGGGCUGCUGGAACGACAUAAAGGAAGAUAUACUUUACAAGUCUUUCGAGGCACUUGAGCCGGGUGGGUACUUCGAGGCGCAAGAGUUGCUUUGCAGCAUCUUGUGUGAUGACGACUCCAUGAAACCCGAUCACGAGUUGAAAGUGCAUAUGGAGGACAUCGAGGAUGCAGCGGUUACCAUGGGCCGGCCGAUCCGCGAUGCCCACCUAUAUAAACAAGCCAUGGAGGAUGUCGGCUUUGUUGAUGUCAAGGAGAUCACAUAUAAGUUACCAAUCAACGGCUGGCCCCGAGAGCGUAAAUUCAAGACACUUGGAAAACGCUGGGAAGACAUUUGGCUGAAUGGUAUUCAUGCUUAUUCAUCUGCACCUCUUACUCGGGUAAGGGGCCUGAACGACAAACAGAUACAGAUGAUGUUGGUUAAGGUCAGACAGUCCAUCUCAGAUCAAAGCGUCCAUGCGUACAAUAAGUUCUAUGUUGUCGUGGGGCGGAAACCGUACCCCAACGAAAAGGUCCAAACACAACCAUCAGGAUCAUCCGGGUCGUCGGGUGAUACCGAGAUGGGUGGUGUCUCGUGAUGAUGAUAUGUCUGCAUCACUUCUUAUAUCAGCGAGCUAGGAGUUGGAAUUCGACCUCUCUAAACCGGAACGUCGUGCUUUUAAGCUGCAAGCUAAAGCGUGAAGUGCAAGCCAGCAUAGCUCUACAGAAAUCUCAGCUCAAGCAUGGAUAACUCAGCACCAAAGUGUCCAGACAUGGCCCAGCAGCACAGCAUACUGCAUCUCCGUUCAAAGAUUGAUGGAAAUUCUGUCGUAUUCCAGAAGUCUACGGCUGCUAAAAUUGCCCGAAAAGAGACUUGAGGCUCGGUCAGAACCCACAUGGUAGAUCUCUAUGUUGCUUACAAUUCGAUACCCAAUGAGAAACCGUUAGCAUUUUGUACCUUAGAGUGCAAGGCCAUGUCUUCGUCGUAGCGGAGAGAAGCGCUAGUAGUAUCAGUCUCUACGAAUCGGGGGAAAUACUCUACAUGCUAGACUAGAGCCAAUAAAUUUCAAAGUCACAAAUAUUG